AUGAUCCGGUUCCGGAGCUCCAGCAUCAGGUCGCUGAGCCCGGAGAUGAAGUGCACCGUCCGGCUGCUGGACGACUCCGAGAUCGCCUGCCACAUCCAGAGGGAAACGAAAGGUCAGUUUCUUAUAGAUCACAUCUGCAACUAUUACAGCUUGCUGGAAAAAGACUAUUUUGGCAUUCGAUAUGUUGACCCUGAAAAGCAGAGGCACUGGCUUGAUCCCAGCAAGUCCAUCUUCAAGCAAAUGAAAUCUCAUCCACCAUAUACCAUGUGCUUUAGAGUGAAAUUCUACCCACAUGAACCCUUGAAGAUUAAAGAAGAGCUCACCAGAUACCUCUUAUAUCUACAAAUAAAAAGGGAUAUUUUCCAUGGCCGUCUGCUGUGUUCUUUUUCUGAUGCUGCCUACCUGGGUGCCUGCAUUGUUCAAGCUGAGCUUGGUGAUUAUGAUCCUGAUGAACACCCAGAGAAUUAUGUCAGCGACUUUAAGAUUUUUCCAAAGCAGUCACAAAAGCUUGAGAAGAAAAUAGGAGACAUGCAUAAAAAUGAAUUCAGAGGUCAGAGCCCAGCUGUUGCUGAAUUUAACUUGCUCCUGAAAGCACAUUCUUUGGAAACUUAUGGUGUUGAUCCUCAUCCUUGCAAGGACUCGAUGGGGAUGACUACAUUUUUAGGAUUCACAGCUGCAGGAUUUGUAGUUUUCCAGGGAAAUAAAAGAAUUCAUUUGUUAAAAUGGUGUGAUGUCUAUAAAUUGAAAUUUGAAGGGAAGACUUUUUAUGUGUUUGGAACUCAGAAAGAGAAAAAGGCUAUGCUGUCUUUCCAUACCUCUACGCCAGCAGCCUGCAAGCAUCUUUGGAAGUGUGGGGUGGAAAACCAGGCUUUUUAUAAGUAUGCAAAAUCAAGUCAGAUCAAGACCAUGUCCAGCAGCAAAAUAUUUUUCAAAGGCAGUAGAUUUCGAUAUAGUGGAAAAGUAGCCAAAGAGGUUGUGGAGGCAAGCUCUAAGAUUCAGAGGGAACCUCCUGAAGUUCACAGAACUAGCAUUACCCAGAGUCGCAGCUCUCCCUCCUUGAACAAGCAACUCAUAAUUAACAUGGAACCUCUGCAGCCCCUCCUUCCUUCCCCAGGCGAGGGGGAAGAGGUGCCUUUAGAUGAAGGUAUCCAGUUGCCAAAGGAAGAUGAGAGCUCAGUCCCUGUGGUUUCCAGCUCCCCCGUUAAGGAGACUGGGCAGAAUGUUGAUCUCACCAUUGAACAGGAAGAGAAGAUGAAAGAGGAACCUUUAACCAUCUCAGAACUGGUAUACAAUCCAAGUGCCAGCCUGCUGCCCACCCCAGUUGAUGAUGAGAUUGACAUGCUCUUUGAUACCUCUCCAAGAGCAGAGAAUGAGAAAGAUGAUACAGAUUCAUUUGAGGAACUGGAAGCAGAUGAAAAUGCAUUUUUGAUUGCAGAGGAGGAAGAACUGAAAGAAGCUCGGAGAGCACUUAGGUGGAGCUAUGAUUUUUUAAUGGGCAACAUAGAGGUGAAUGCUUUUGUGAAGAGUUUCUCCCGACUACUUCUUGUAGGGCUUGGACUGUUGUUGUUUGUGUUCCCUCUUUUCCUUGUUCUCUUGGAGUCGGACCUUGAAAUCUCUUUCCUCCAUGAAAUCCGUCAGACACCAGAGUUCCAGCAGUUUCAUAUUGAGUAUUACUGCCCGCUUAGGCAGUGGGUGGCUUGCAAAAUAAACUUCAUUAGUGACAUUCUGGGCAGCUUUUAAAUUUUAAAGAAAUGCGAUAUAACUAAGGGCUAUAUUCAAAAUUUCAGUUAGUGCCAGCUUUUCUUAAUACCCCUGGGGCCACCAAUAGGUAGCUGUCCUCAUACUCAGUCUGUUACAGACAUUCUUAAGUUUCCUUUACAUACUUCAAUAGCUGCUUUAGUUACAGGCUUAUACAGUUGCCUUUCAGUAACUAAAAAGGAACUUUUAUUGUCAUUGCAUUUCAGACUUCCUGCACAUCUAUUAUAUCAUACAAGCCAGGAUAACAGUAGGGUACAUUAUUCAUAACUUAUAUUCCAUUACAGUAAAUCUAAUGAAAGUAAAAUGUUUUUGAAUAUACUCCUUAGUGCAGCAAUCUCUUGUAACCAAUGCCUAUACAAGCAAUGUU